GAAAAGGUUUCCUGUUUUCCCCAGAACAGGUUUGUGCUGUGACCGAGGAAUAAGGAAAAAGCCAAAAUCCUGAGACGCUUUCCUCGAUGAGAAAAUGGAAACUUUCAAAGAACCAUGCCCACAUCGGAGCAUUCCUGUUGAGGUGGAUGAGAGGAUGACAUCUUCCAGUCUGGACUUUGACUGCCUGCCCCCUUGCAAAGAGUGCAGUGGACAUACAGAGACCAGCAAAGGGCCAGAGGGUCAUACAUGUCAGACUCCUCAGGGGUCGGGGCACAAUGUGGACAGGCCCAGACUCCCUGAGAACCAAUACAGGUUUGAGCCCAGAGGAGCCUGUUAUCCUGCUCAAAAACCUCACAUCAUGAUGCCGUUAGCCGUACCCUCGAGACACAUGAGGCCCCCUCACCCUGCAGGUGUUUGGCCUCGUCAUCUGAGUGAGCAGGUGCUGCUGUAUGAACAGAGCCACAUGUCUGAGAACAGUAGAGGCUUUGCGAGCCCUAUGAGCGGGCUCAGGUGCCGCUCUAUAGAAGAGGUAGAAUCCUUGGAGCCUCCUCUGCCCCUCAUGUCGGACUGUGGCCUCUUCAUUCCACAUCGAUACCCAGCAGCACAUAUGCCCGACCCCAUGCAGCCGAGUGGCAUGUGUGCCUGUUGCCUUCCUGCAAAUCAGUUCUGUCACAGUAACGAUUUUGGUCACUACAAUCAUGAUCACCCUGCUGGUCCACGCCAAGAGCCACAACACGUGAAUCUCAGGCUGCAGCCUGAAAAUGCUCCAGAUGAUUCCCAUGGAUCUGUGCCUCGGUGUGUGGCACCUGUAAGAGAGGUCAUGCAUGAGGUCAGCGUGGAUCACUCCUUCCACGCAGGACCAGUCACAAGGGAGGUCAGGAAGACCAUUAGCCUGCCCGAGGAGUGCAGGAAUGUUUUCGUCACAUACUCAGUGGACACAGCUAAAGAAAUAAUCCCUUUCAUCAAGUUUUUGACAGAUCAGGGAUUCAAACCAUCAAUUGACAUCUUUGAUAAUCCGAUCCGAAGAAUGGGCAUCGCCAAAUGGAUGGACAGCUUUCUAAACGAUAAAUCGGUGCUCAUCAUUGUGGUCAUCAGCCCCAAGUACAAGGAGGACGUGGAGGGGGAUGGAGACGAUGAGCACGGCCUGCACACCAAGUACAUCCACAAUCAGAUUCAAAAUGAGUUCAUCCAACAAGGCUGCCUGAACUUCAGACUCGUUCCUGUUUUGUUUCCCAAUGCAACUAAGAAACAUGUCCCGGCCUGGCUGCAGAGCACCAGGAUCUACCGCUGGCCCCUGGACACCCAGGACAUUCUGCUGCGUCUACUCAGGGAGGAGCGCUACAUCAUCCCACAGCGGGGCACCGACCUCACCCUCACUGUUCGUCCUCUCUGAUAAUAUGCAACGUAAAGGAAGUGGUUUGUCUUUGAAAACCAGCAAAGCAGAAAACACUUUAAGAGUGAACAGUACAGUCACCAUUACUGUAUUUCUAAAAGACAUAUUUCACUUUGACAGUUGUUGAUCAUACCACUCAGUCUCCCUCCUUCUGAAAAUUGUCAUGAACACCAUUAGUCAGAUGUUGAACCAACAUAUUAAAAAAAGCUGGUACAAGUGGAUUAAAUUCAAUUCUGCAUAUUAUACUUCUGCUAGGUCUGGUGUUGGGACUGGCUAAGAAGAGCCACUGUUGGUUACUAUUUAGGGUAGCAACAUUCACGUUCAUUUUCUAUCCAACUGACUGCUCUUGUUUGGUCGCCUCCAGCUUUAAAGGGAAAUAUCUCAUUAUUCAACUAUAUUCAUGAGCUUGCUGACUAUCUAUGAUGUAGAGACAAAACCAAAAUGUACAGCUAAAAGAGGCAAUAAUAAAAAAAUAAAAAAAGAAACAUAAAGAAAAGAAAACACAAUUUAAGUUACAAAUGUCACAAAGGGUAAUGUCACUAAAAUAUUGUAUGUUAUGUUAAAACUGGAUCAGUAAAUAACAAAAGGAUACAUUCAUAAAAGCCUGUAGUUAAUUUUUUCAAUAUCCUUUUAGUAAUUCUCAUAACAUGUGCCACAAUUAACUUUUUAUUUUUAUGUUAUUUUCUUUUGUUUUUUAUUAAUGAAUUUGUAAUAGCUUUGCUUUUUUAUUAUUAUUUUUUGACAGAACAAUUUAUUAAUAAUUUAACCGAGUAUUUACACAUUAGUGCGCGUAUGUCCUGUAAACAUAUAGUUUACCAGAAGGUGGCAGCAUAUCCCAAAUAAUAACAGUUCUCCCAGCACUUAACGAUCUCCUCCUGCCAAAUCUCCACAUUCUAUUUUGAUACUUCUUUACAAUAAAUGCUUUGUUCAACAGA